GCGGGGCUGAGUCAAUCACAACAAUGACUUCUCCGCUGGAGCCCGAGCCGCGCGGCUGAGCCCCGCCGAGCAGCGGCAGCGGCGGCGCUGGGCAGAGGGGCGCGCUGGGCGCCGCUGCUCUCAUUGUUCGCCGAGGGACAGAACCGCGCUGUGAGCAUGUGGAUCCCGACCGAGCACGAGAAAUACGGCGUGGUGAUAGCCAGUUUUCGAGGAACAGUCCCACAUGGCUUAUCAUUGGAGAUUGGAGACACAGUUCAAAUACUAGAAAAAUGUGAUGGCUGGUACAGAGGAUUUGCCUUAAAAAACCCAAAUAUCAAGGGUGUAUUUCCAUCCAACUAUAUUCACUUGAAAAAUGCUUGUGUUAAGAACAAAGGGCAGUUUGAAAUGGUUAUUCCGACAGAAGACUCCGUUAUCACAGAGAUGACAUCAACUUUAAGAGACUGGGGGACAAUGUGGAAACAACUUUAUGUGAGAAAUGAAGGGGAUCUUUUUCAUCGACUAUGGCACAUAAUGAAUGAAAUCCUGGACCUGAGAAGGCAGGUGCUUGUUGGCCAUCUCACCCAUGACCGGAUGAAGGAUGUAAAACGGCAUAUCACUGCUCGCCUGGAUUGGGGCAAUGAGCAAUUGGGGCUAGACUUGGUUCCAAGAAAAGAAUAUGCUAUGGUGGAUCCUGACGAGAUCAGUAUUACAGAACUCUAUAGGCUGAUGGAGCAUCGUCAUCGAAAGAAAGACACUCCUGUGCCAGCAAGCAGCCAUCAUCUUUUUGUGCAGAUGAAGAGUCUGAUGUGUUCCAAUCUAGGAGAGGAACUGGAAGUCAUCUUCUCACUGUUUGAUAGUAAAGAGAAUCGACCAAUCAGCGAAAGGUUUUUUUUAAGACUGAAUAGGAAUGGUUUGCCAAAAUGUCCAGAGAAGCCAGAAAGACAUUGUUCUCUCUUUGUGGAUUUGAGUAGCAGUGAACUCAGGAAGGACAUCUACAUCACUGUGCACAUUAUCCGCAUAGGCCGAAUGGGAGCUGGAGAAAAGAAAAAUGCUUGCAACGUACAGUACCGACGGCCCUUUGGCUGUGCAGUCCUCAGCAUUGCAGAUCUACUGGCAGGAGACUCAAAGGAUGACCUUAUCUUAAAAGUAUACAUGUGCAACACAGAGAGUGACUGGUAUCAGAUCCAUGAAAACAUCAUCAAAAAGCUAAAUGUUCGUUACAACCUGACAGGCUCCAAUGCUGGUCUGGCAGUUUCUCUUCAACUGUUUCAUGGAGACAUUGAACAAAUUAGGAGAGAUUACACAUCCAUGUUUACUCAAGGGGUAUCAAUAACAAGAAAGCUGGGUUUUUCCAAUAUUAUCAUGCCUGGCGAAAUGAGGAAUGAUUUGUACAUCACUAUAGAAAGAGGAGAAUUUGAAAAAGGAGGAAAAAGUGUGGCCAGAAACGUGGAAGUGAUGAUGCACAUUGUGGACAGUUGUGGCCAAAUUUUAAAGGAUUUUAUCUCCUUUGGCUCUGGAGAGCCGCCAGCUAGCAAGUUCCAUUCCUUUGUGCUUUAUCACAACAACAGUCCCAGAUGGGCUGAGCUGCUGAAACUUCCUAUUCCUGUGGAUAAAUUCAGGGGAGCACACAUCCGCUUUGAAUUUCGGCAUUGUUCUACAAAAGAAAAGGGUGAGAAGAAGUUGUUUGGCUUUUCUUUCAUGCCCCUGAUUCAAGAAAAUGGGAGAACAUUGCCAGAUGGCACUCAUGAACUCAUUGUGCACAAGUGUGAAGAAAACACAAACCUUCAGGAUUCUAGUCGCUACCUCAAACUCCCAUUUUCAAAGGGAAUUCUCCUAGGGAAUAACCACCAAGCAAUAAAAAUCACUAAAGAGUCUUUCUGGAUUACGUCUUUUCUCUGCUCCACGAAACUCACGCAAAAUGGAGAUAUGCUUGAUCUUCUUAAGUGGAGAGCGCACCCAGAUAAAAUAGCAGGUUGCCUCACAAAAUUAAAAGACAUUGAUGGUUCAGAAAUAGUAAAGUUUCUUCAAGACACACUGGAUACUUUAUUUGGCAUUUUAGAUGAAAAUUCCCAAAAAUAUGGGUCAAAAGUAUUUGAUUCUUUGGUUCACAUAAUAAAUUUGCUGCAGGACAGCAAGUUUCAUCAUUUUAAGCCAGUAAUGGACACUUACAUUGAAAGUCAUUUUGCAGGUGCACUUGCAUACAGAGAUCUUAUAAAAGUACUUAAGUGGCAUGUUGAUCGAGUAACAGACAUGGAGAUACAAGAGCAUAUCCAUGAAGUGUUAAAGGCACAAGAAUACAUCUUUAAAUAUAUAGUUCAGUCUCGGAGGCUGUUCUCACUUGCCACUGGUGGACAAAAUGAGGAAGAAUUCCGCUGCUGUAUUCAAGAGCUGCUUAUGUCAAUACGAUUUUUCCUUUCCCAAGAGAGCAAAGGGGCUAGCGCUUUAACUCAAUCACAAGCUGUUUUUCUCUACUCCUUCCCCGCUGUAUAUUCUGAGCUGCUGAAGCUCUUUGAUGUGCGAGAGGUGGCAAACUUGGUGCAUGAUACUCUGGGCAGCUUGCCAACCAUCAUGCAUGUGGAUGAAUCCCUUCAAGCAGUUAAACUGCAGUGCAUUGGUAAAACAGUGGAAAGUCAACUAUACACUCAUCCAGAUUCCAGAUAUAUUCUUCUUCCAGUAGUUUUACAUCACCUCCACAUGCAUUUACAAGAGCAGAAGGAUCUUACAAUGUGUGCACGUAUCCUUAGCAACAUAUUUUGUUUCAUAAAGAAAAAUAGCUCAGAAAAAACUGUCUUGGAAGAAAUAGAUGUGAUUGUGAACAGCUUGCUAGAUAUACUGCUGAGAACCAUAUUAGAGAUCACAAGCAGACCUCAGCCAUCAGGGUCUGCGAUGCGCCUGCAAUUUCAAGACGUGACCGGGGAAUUUGUUUCCUGUCUCUUGUCACUAUUACGACAAAUGACAGAUAGACAUUACCAGCAACUUCUUGAUAGAUUCAGCACAAAGGAUGACCUGAGAGAUUUCCUGCUGCAAAUUUUUACUGUGUUUCGAAUACUCAUACGACCUGAGAUGUUUCCAAAAGACUGGACUGUGAUGCGUUUGGUUGCGAACAAUGUUAUUAUUACAACAGUCCUAUAUCUUUCGGAUGCCCUUCGUAAGAACUUCCUAAAUGAAAACUUUGAUUAUAAGAUCUGGGAUUCCUACUUUUACCUUGCUGUCAUUUUUAUAAACCAAUUAUGUCUACAACUGGAGAUGUUCACACCUUCCAAGAAGAAAAAAGUGUUGGAAAAAUAUGGUGACAUGCGGGUAACAAUGGGAUGUGAAAUCUUCAGCAUGUGGCAAAAUUUAGGGGAACAUAAACUUCACUUCAUCCCAGCUCUCAUUGGCCCCUUCCUAGAAGUGACACUGAUACCUCAACCUGACCUGCGGAAUGUAAUGAUUCCCAUUUUCCAUGACAUGAUGGAUUGGGAACAAAGGCGCAGUGGCAACUUCAAACAGGUGGAGGCAAAACUGAUUGACAAAUUGGAUAGCUUGAUGUCAGAAGGCAAAGGUGACGAAACGUACCGAGAGCUCUUCAACAGCAUAAUUCCACUCUUUGGUCCCUAUCCUAGCCUACUGAAGAAAAUUGAGCGGGAAACGUGGAGAGAAAGUGGUGUUUCAUUAAUCGCCACUGUAACUCGACUAAUGGAAAGGUUACUGGACUACAGGGACUGCAUGAAAAUGGGAGAAGUGGAUGGUAAAAAGAUUGGCUGCACUGUUAGCCUGUUGAAUUUUUAUAAGACUGAACUGAAUAAGGAGGAGAUGUAUAUUCGCUACAUCCAUAAGCUAUAUGACCUGCAUCUGAAAGCACAAAACUUCACAGAGGCUGGCUACACACUAUUGCUGUACGAUGAGUUAUUAGAAUGGUCUGAUCGGCCAUUGAGAGAAUUUCUAAACUAUCCCAUGCAAACAGAGUGGCAGCGCAAAGAGUAUCUUCACCUUACAAUCAUCCAGAACUUUGACCGGGGAAAGUGUUGGGAGAAUGGCAUCAUCUUAUGCAGGAAGAUUGCAGAGCAGUACGAGAGCUAUUAUGACUACAGAAAUCUCAGCAAGAUGAGGAUGAUGGAAGCCUCUUUGUAUGAUAAAAUCAUGGAUCAACAACGUUUGGAGCCAGAGUUUUUCAGAGUUGGAUUUUAUGGGAAAAAGUUUCCAUUUUUCUUAAGAAAUAAGGAGUUUGUUUGCCGAGGCCAUGACUAUGAGAGACUGGAGGCUUUCCAACAGCGAAUGUUGAACGAGUUCCCACAUGCCAUUGCUAUGCAACAUGCCAAUCAGCCAGAUGAGACCAUCUUUCAGGCAGAAGCACAGUAUCUGCAGAUCUAUGCAGUGACACCAAUUCCUGAAAGCCAGGAGGUCCUGCAGAGAGAGGGCAUCCCUGAUAACAUCAAGAGUUUUUAUAAAGUGAAUCACAUCUGGAGAUUCCGAUACGACAGGCCAUUCCACAAAGGGACCAAAGACAAGGAGAAUGAAUUCAAGAGUCUAUGGGUGGAAAGAACAACACUGAUCUUAGUGCAGAGUUUACCUGGGAUAUCCCGUUGGUUCGAAGUGGAAAAACGUGAAAUAGUGGAAAUGAGUCCCCUCGAGAAUGCUAUUGAAGUGCUGGAAAAUAAGAACCAACAGCUGAGAACUCUGAUUAGUCAGUGUCAGACCCGACAGAUGCAGAAUAUAAACCCACUCACAAUGUGUCUGAAUGGGGUCAUAGAUGCAGCAGUUAAUGGUGGAGUUGCUAGGUACCAAGAGGCAUUCUUUGUGAAGGAAUAUAUCUUGAACCACCCAGAGGAUGGGGAGAAGAUCACACGCUUGAGAGAGCUGAUGCUUGAGCAGGCCCAGAUUCUAGAAUUCGGAUUAGCUGUACAUGAGAAGUUUGUGCCUCAGGAUAUGAGACCUUUACACAAAAAACUGGUAGAUCAGUUUUUUGUGAUGAAGUCAAGUUUGGGAAUACAGGAAUUCUCUGCAUGUGUGCAAGCUAGUCCUGUUCACUUCCCUAAUGGAAGCCCUCGUGUAUGUAGAAAUUCAGCUCCUGCUUCUGUGAGCCCAGAUGGUGCCAGGGUUAUUCCUAGACGCAGUCCAUUAAGUUACCCAGCUGUAAACAGAUAUUCAUCCUCCUCAUUGUCAUCACAAGCCUCUGCUGAAGUCAGCAAUAUCACUGGGCAAUCGGAAAGCUCUGAUGAAGUUUUCAACAUGCAGCCAAGUCCAUCUACCUCAAGCUUGAGUUCUACUCAUUCCGCUUCACCUAAUGUGACCAGCUCUGCUCCAUCCAGUGCCAGAGCUUCUCCUUUGUUAUCUGACAAACAUAAGCAUUCCAGAGAAAAUUCUUGCCUGUCCCCAAGAGAGAGGCCAUGCAGUGCCAUCUACCCGAUUCCUGCAGAACCUUCACAGCCUGUAAACUCUUGCUUUGCCAAGUGGAAUGUGGCCUCCAUUCCCCGCUGUACCAGAGAUUCACCAAGAGAGCGUGAGGAACUGCUAGGCCCAAUCUCCACUCUCCCAGAGGCUCACCUGACAGAAAAAUCUCCCAAUCUAUCUCUAUCCUCAGUGUCCCCAGACAGGAGAAUGCUGUUUAAUCAUAUCGGAGAUGGUGCUUUGCCCCGAAGUGAUCCUAACCUGUCUGGCCCUGAGAAAGCUGUAAACACUACCCCCAGCAGCUGGAGCCUGGACAGUGGGAAAGAAGCCAGGAACAUGUCAGAAAGUGGAAAGCUUAUGUCUCCCCCUGUGCCACCAAGACCCACACAAACUGCUUCACCAGCAAGGCAUGUGGCUUCGGUUUCCCCUUCUCCUGCUGGCAGAUCUCCAAUGAAGGGAUCCAUGCAAUCAUUUACCCCAUCUCCAGUGGAAUGUCAUUCCUCGGGGCUCAUAUCCAACUCCCCGGUCUUGUCAGGAAGUUACAGCAGUGGAAUCUCUUCGCUUAGCCGAUGUAGCACAUCCGAAACUUCUGGCUUUGAAAGUCAAGGGAGUGAACAGACUAUUCCAAACUACAGUGUUUCUGAGGAGCCAAUGAGAAAAGAAAGUAAAACUCCACCACCUUACAGCGUUUAUGAACGAACUUUGAGACGGCCUGUUCCGCUACCUCACAGCCUCUCCAUCCCUGUCACUGCAGAUCCACCAGCACUGCCACCUAAACCCCUGCUGGCGCGGCCAAACAAUCAGGAAACCAGUAGCCGGAGGACUGAACAGGUUCCUCGGCCCAGACCCCUUCCUCGAAAAGUGUCUCAGUUAUAAGAAGUCACUUUUAUAUUUACUUGCAAUGAAUUCUUUACUGUUUAUGAAAUAAUAUUUAAAAACAAAUACAUUUAGUUAGGCACUUUAAUAUUUUACCCAAUUUUCUUUUAAAUGCUUAUUAAUAUUAUGUUGCACAUUAUUAAAUAAAAUUAAUAAUUUUGAUUGCCAGGUAUUACAGGAAGCAUGAAUGAGAGAAUUCUGUUAAUUUCAAGGUGGUAAAUAUGGAUGCAUAGCUUUUUGAUAUCUUAUGUGCAUUUUUAUAAAAUAUAAUUUAAUUAAACCUAAAAUCCCACAAGCUCUCAUUUACAUUAGUUGUAUGCUUCUUACAAAAUGUAGGCUAUGCUAACUGAGCUAAUCACUAGAAAGAAAUGCACGCUUUCUAACAACAUUGUUUGUAGGCUAGGACAUUUCUGCAAGUAGGCUGAAGGUUGUUCCCCUUUCCCCAUGAGCAGGUUGGUCAAUUUGGUGGUGGUGGUGGUGGAGGAUGAAGAGGGGUGUUAAUGCAAGUUACCCCGCAGUAAAAAGUUGUAAGGUUAGAGUGAGUUCUUGAAACAAAAUACUACUUUUGUGUUGCUUUUUAGGAGUCACAAAUAUCCACCUUAAGCUACUCUUAAGCUACUGUUAUAGGACUAAUCUUCUGUAUCUGGUGCACUUCUUUCUUUUUGAGGUGCGAUUUACCUUUACUCUUUCAGUUAGCCCAUACAAAAAAAAAAUCUCAUUAACAGUUAGUUGGAGGUUUUCUCCUAUCUUUGAAAGUUAACUUAAAAAAAAAAAAAACAACCCUCUGUACCAGAAGAACAAAUAUCCAGAUAUUCUAGAGGCACAAAUGAAUGUGUCCCGUUAAUAAGGAUACACAAGAAUCAAUACUGGUUAGUAUCAAAUCAAUGCAGUAAGUGAACAAAUUUAAAGAAUAUAAAUCACUGGGUAUGUAUCAGUAAAUUUUUAAAAGAUAAAGGGCAUUAAUUCACAGUUCUGCACAAAUUAUGCAAAAUUCCUAACAGCUCUUCAUGUAUAUUCUCCUAGUGGAGGUUUUUGUUAUUGUUUGUUUUGUUUUAACUUAGUUGAUCAUUGUUGUCUUUACUGAAAGAAGAUGUAGUAGGCGGUUCUAGGUUGAAUUUCACUAGAUAGCAUCUGUAAAGCUAUGGAAAGCCAAUGCCCAGUUGUAGGAGUGUGGAAAAAGCACCUUGUGUAUGUACUUUUUGUAGCUCUUUCUUUUCCUUACUGUUUUUAACGCUUGGUUGACAACAGAUUUAUGAACUGUAUUUUAAAUCAUGUUGUUAAAAAUAUUCUCCUUUUUUGGGGAAUCUCAUGUUGAUUUUAAUUGUUUGCUUUGUUGAUAGCUUAACUGGAAGAAAGUGACCACUUUUUAUAUUCUCUCAAUGAAACCUUCAGCAGGUAUGUGCUGUUGAUGGUAGCUAUAGAGGUUUUCUAUAAUAAAUGUUCAAGUAUUUUUGUACAUAACUGGUUAAUUUUAAUGAGGAGUGUACCAUUAUGUGAAAAAAGAAGCAAACAGUUGUGUAUGCAGUAAGAUUGUUAUAAUUAUGCCAAAUACUUUAUGUAUGGAAAAAAGAAUAUUUGUACAUAUGUGCUUUUAACAAUAAUUCUGCCAUAUUGACUUUACAAUUUUGAAUGUCAGAAAAAAUUAAUAUAUGUUAAAAUAUUUAUGUUUUAGUGAAAGUAUUCAUAACUGAAAAAGGAACAUAUGAAUUUUAGCUUUGUAUCUUGCCUAUUUUGAAGUCUGAAAUUCCUUGAACUAGCUCUUGUUUUUGACUAUAACAUUUUUGUGUCUGUAACCACAUUAUAAAAGAUGUAGAAGGCUACAUAUUUAUGCUGGUAUAAAGAGGUAAUGCCUGAGAUUUAACUAAGGUGUCACAAGUAAGAUAACAAAGCUGCUUUGAUUUUUUUUCCCCUGUGUAGUUUAAUAGAUUGGUUGUCUUGUGCUUGAGCACAGUAUGAAUCAGUGUUGUUUGCUCCUCAAGCCAUUUAUUUUAUUUCUGGCAGUGAGUAGAAUUGUUGAAUUUAUCAUUUGCAUAUAUUAUUGAAGUCAGCUUUGCAGCAAAACAUUUCAUGAGGUUUCUGUUUACCCAGAUGCUCAUAUAGGUUGCUGCAGAAUAAAGUUACUUGAUUAAUCUUUAUAGUAUAAUUUGUUUUCCACUUAAUAGUUUAAUUUCAUGACAAACUGAUUUAUAACCUACUUUCUGCCUUCUUUGCUUCAAAGAUCCAGCUUUCUUCCUUAUAAAAAUCUCCUGGAUUGAGUUAGUCCUUUCCCUGCUCGGAUCUGUAAUGGCUUUGUGAGACAAUUGCCAAGACAGUAAAGAUUUGGAGGGCAUUCACCUCACUUCUGAUCAAUGGAGGACUGUAAAAUUUACUGUAAGAGUUAGGUUAAUUUAUGGCAAUUUGAACUCCCUGUUUUUAUAACCAAGACAUCAGGAACGUUCUGAACAAUAGGAGACCAUAAAAAAAUGACAGUGAAGUGCUAUAAAAAGGAGCUGACACAUUUUCUGCUUUGCCAGGUUUGACAAAUUGUUUCUGUAGAUCAGCUUUUCUUUCUGGCUUCUACAGAAAUGUAGUCUGAAAUUUGUUACGUAUGCUACAACAGCCAGAGCUUGAAAGGCUACUGUAAAUAAAGCUCUCAUCUCAAUUUUA